UUUCACACACACACACACGCUUGAUAAGACUGCGAAGAGAACCACCAACCAACAAAGACAAAGAAAAAGCAUGGCAUCAACCGGCCUACAGAUGCUGGGCAUCGCCCUGGCCAUCUUCGGGUGGAUCGGAGUCAUUGUACUCUGCGCUCUCCCCAUGUGGAAAGUCACAGCCUUCAUCGGCAGCAACAUCGUCACCGCACAGAUAUCCUGGGAAGGAAUUUGGAUGAGCUGCGUGGUUCAAAGCACUGGACAGAUGCAGUGUAAGGUCUACGACUCCAUGCUGGCUCUCUCCUCAGAUAUUCAAGCCGCUCGAGCUCUCACCGUCAUCUCCAUCGUGAUCGGCGUCAUGGGCAUCUUUCUGUCGAUGGCUGGUGGAAAAUGCACCAACUGCAUCGAGGAGGAGAGCUCCAAAGCCAAGGUUGGGAUCACGGCAGGUGUGAUUUUCAUCAUCUCCGGGGUGCUGUGUCUGGUCCCGGUGUGCUGGACGGCUAACGCCAUCAUCCAGGACUUCUACAACCCGCUAGUGGUCCAGGCUCAGAAGAGGGAGAUUGGAGCGUCGCUGUACAUCGGCUGGGGCGCCUCAGCUCUGUUGAUCAUUGGUGGAAGUCUCCUCUGCUGCCACUGCCCAGAAAAAUCAGACAGCGGAAAAUACACAGCUAAAUACAACGCAACCCCUCGCUCUGAAGCCUCUGCACCCUCUGGAAAGAACUUUGUGUAAAUGAUCGACUCAGGAAAAUGGACUCUACAACGUUUACGGUCUUAGUUUGUCAGGACAUUGAGGCUCAAAAUGAGUUCGCAGGACUUGAAAAGCAUAUGCUGAAUGUUUUUUUUUUUUUUUUACAAUAUAUAUGCAAAACAAACAAGGAAAAUGGGGAACCACGUUUGAAAAGGCCUCUGCAGUUAAAGGAGGUUAACCUGUCAAUUGCUUUUGCUUAAGUUUGGUCAAAUGUUCUUUUGUACUGUGGUCAUUAUAAAAGUGUUCACUUUUGUAUGUUUUCAAGUAUGAUUUUGUAAAUAUUCGCAUUUUUGUACAGCCUACAGGUUUUUAUUUCUUGAUAUAAGCUUAUAUGUUUAAAGGAAUGAAUUAAUAAAUACAUUGUGUUAAUACCA